CCUUCUGCACCACCCACUUCAUUCCCCCACAGUCAACAGGAAGACUGGAGGCCAAGGACAGCGGCCACACUCUGCAGGAGAGGACGGACACCGAGGUCCAGCUGUACAGCCAGAACAAAGGAGAACAACAAAGGCAGAGGAAUGAGCAAGAAUCAGAAAGAAGUGAAGAAAAUCCAGUCAGUUUAUCUGCAGAACCUGGAGAAACUGAACCAGGGGAUAAAGCCAGAGAAGAAAAGUUGGAAACCCAAAGACGGAGACUUUGCUGUGCAGACAGCAAUGGAAAAGCUGCGACAGCCUCCCAUAGCAGGACAAGUGGCCAAAAGCUCUGCUCACAGAAUCAGCAGAGAUCUGACCUGUUCCAUCUGCCUGGACCUCUUCAAGCAGCCGGUGUCGCUGCCCUGCGAUCACACCUUCUGCCAGGGCUGCAUCGAGGGCUACUGGGCAGGACCCAGGGGCCCCGGACAGGGAGGCACCGGCUCCUGCCCCCAGUGCAGGAAGGUUUACCCUGGACAGAGCUACAGGCCCAACCGUAUAGUGGCCAACAUUGUGGAGAGUUACUGCCAGGGCCUGGAGGAGAGCGGGCCGGUGGCUUGUCUGCCAGAUGUUGGGGUGACUGAGAGGGUUCCAGCUCCGGUGCCUCGCUGCAGCCGACACAGGGAGGAGCUGAAGCUGUACUGUGAGGAAGACCAGGAGCUGGUGUGUCUGGUGUGUGGUCUGUCGCAGGAGCACAGAAAUCACACCAUGGUGUGUGUCCAGGAGGCUGAGCAGAAGUACAGGGCAUCUCUGAACAGCUCAAUGGAUUCCUUGAAAGCUGAGCUCAACACAGCGCUGCAGUACGACAGGGAAGCCGAAGACGAGGUCAAAAAGCUGAAGGAGCACACUGCUGACCUGAAGCAGCGCAUCGAGGCCCAGUUCAGCGACCUGCACCAGUUCCUGUACCAGGAGGAGAAGCUGCUGCAGGUGAAGCUGAAGACGGAGGAGAGACGGGAGCUGAUUCGUCUGGACGAGCACAAGGCCCUGCUGUGUGUGGAGAUCUCCCGUCUGCAGAGGGCCGUCCACGAGAUCGAGGACAAACUGAAGGAGCAGGACCCAUUUACUCUGCUCCGAAGCAUCAAAGUGCUGCUCCAGAGGCCUUCGCUGAAGUUUGAGAAACCUCUAUUCACACCGCCCAGUCUGUGUGAGGGUCGCUUUGCAGGGCCCCUGCAGUACAGAGUGUGGAAAUCCAUGAGAGGAAGCAUUUAUCCAGUUCCAGCAGCCAUAACCUUUAACUCCAGCACGGCCAACCCUUGGCUCAGCCUCACCUCCUCCCUCACCUGCGUUCGCUACCAGACCUUCAACCACACCGUGCAGGACAACCCCUACAGGUUCAACGCUGCCCUGUCGCUGCUCGGGAGCCAAGGCUUCACCCACGGCCGCCACUACUGGGAGAUUGAGGUCUACAGCAGCACCGUCUGGACAGUGGGGGUGGCCCGGGAGUCGGUGCCCAGAAAGGGAGUCAUCAAAGCCCUCCCAGCUAACGGCUUCUGGACUCUCUCCCUGUCUUAUGGGAUUCAGUACAUGGCUGGAACAUCCCCUCCGACCGUCCUGUCCCUGGAGGAGCAGCUGGCCAGGAUCGGUGUGUACCUGGACUACAAGAGGGGCCUGGUGUCCUUCUACAACGCAGAGAGCAUGACGCACCUCUACACCUUCAGGGAGACCUUCACUGAGACGCUGUACCCUUAUUUCAACCUGGGCUUCCUGGAUAAAGUGCAUGAAAAUGAGCCUCUCAAAGUUUUCUUACCAAAGAUUUAAAAGCUGUGAAAAAAAAGCGAACAAAGGGUUGAAAAGUUACCAAAACUUAUCAUGAAAUGAAACAUGACCAAAAAGCAUUUAUACUCUAUUGUACAGAACCAAACACAACAGUGGAUUUAUAACUGAGUAAGUCACGUUGAAUAAUAUGUAUCCGAUAGGAACACAUGUAUGUUAAAUAGCAUUUUGUAGUUUGUAGACUGGAUCUACUGCCACACAUUUCAUGUCAGAGAAGCUGCGCUUCAGUGAAGAAUGUGAAACUGUCUGGUUACCUGACUGAGAUUACUGCAGUUUACUGUUUUAAUAAUCCUUCUUGUGCAUGAUUCACUGAUACAGUCAAUAAAAUAUCUUUAUAGUA